AUGUAUUUAUCUUCUAUUCUCCCCGUUCUUUCUGUAUGCUCUGUCAUAUCCGCAUAUGAUCUCCCAGACAAGCUGAAAUCCCUCUACGAUGAACACAAACUUGGAGCUUGUUCGAAGCCAUUGUCUGAGACCUUCCCUGAGGGAGCCCAGUAUUGUGGCGACAUCCCUGGGGCCAUUUUCUUGAAGGGCUCAGGCAACUACGAUAACAUGGAUAUUGACUGCGAUGGUGCAAACAACAGUGGAGGGGCUUGCGCGAAUGAUCCAUCAGGCCAGGGUAUCACUGCUUUCCAGAGUAUCGCAAGCAGCUAUGGUAUUGUCGACCUGGAUUCUCAUAUCCACCCAUACGUUGUAUUCGGCAAUGACGGCAGCUGGCCCUCCUUUGAUCCUCAGCAGCAUGGAAUGCAUCCGCUCAGCGUCAUGGCUGUCAUUUGCAGUGGGAAGCUUUAUUAUGGCAUUUGGGGGGACGUCAAUGGCGGCACAUCAACUGGCGAAGCUUCGAUUGCCGUAGCUGAUCUCUGUUUCCCAAACGAGGGUCUCAAUGGGAACAUGGGCCAUGGAGAAGAGGAUGUUCUCUAUAUUGGUUUUACUGGGGAGGAUGCAGUCCCUGGCAAGAGUGGCGCCGCAUGGGCUGCUGCCACCCGCGAUGAUUUCUCUGGUAGUAUUAAGAUCUUGGGCGAUCGGCUUAUUUCUAAACUGUAA